AUGGCUCAAAUCCUUCGCAUCCUUAUGGAAGACCGUCAAGCCGCCCGCGCUGAAAGCCAAGCAAACAUUGCGGCUCUGCAGAAUAUUGCGCAGCUUGCCGCAGGAAACAACAACAAUGGAGGUGAUGGUGAAGACGGCCCAAGAUCCAAGCUUAGGGACUUCCAGAAUACUAAUCCACCAGUAUUCACCAAGUGCACCGCCCCUCUUGAUGCGGACGAUUGGCUCCGUACAAUCGAGAACAAUUUGGAAGUCGCGGCUGUAGGCGAGAAUGAGAAGGUGGUUCUUGCAACUCACUUUCUCGCCGGACCCGCAAGAGCUUGGUGGGAGAAUAUCAAGGCAAUGCAAGCUGAAGAUCAUAACAAUGGUAGUGUGAUCGACUACCUGGACAAGUUCAACACCUUGGCUAGAUAUGCACCUCAGGACACUGAUACUGAUGAGAAGAAGAGGGACCGUUUCCUUAAUGGUCUUCACGAGGAGAUUCAGAGUAUUCUCGUGGCCGUUCCUUACCCUGAUCUGGAAUCUCUGGUGGAUGCCGCCAUCAUGGUGGAGUCAAAGCGCAAGGCAGCCUUUGAGACCCGCAAGCGCAAGAUGCAGCAGCAGCAGCAGAGUGGACCCAGCAAUGCUAGGUUCCGUGGCCAGCCUCCACCAAGGCCGGCGCCCCAGCCUCAGCGAGCACCAGCCCCCGCUUAUCGCCCCUCCAACAACAACACCAACCGCCAGACUGUGCAGCCUCGUACUGGAGGAGGAAACUUCAACAACAACCCCCGCAACAACCCGAAUGCUCGCCCUCAAGGAGAAGGAUGUUUCGCUUGUGGAUAG